AUGGGUAACAGCACGUGUGUCUCUGUGUCUGUCACCAUGUUCCGUUUGUCUGCUCAGUGGAGGACUUCUAGCAGCCAGGAGGGUCAAGUGGCCAAGGUCCCAGUAAUAAAGAGCCAGCACACUGGUGACUACUACCAACUGGAGAGUGGACAAGCACACCUCAGAAUGUCAAGUGAGGCCAUCGCCAUGAGGGAGAAUGGCAAGUCAAAAGGAAAAGCAGUAGAAAGACACAAUGUUAUACUGAAAGAUGUAGACACUGAAAGGUGUUUUACAUUUUCAGAGGUGAAAGAGCCCUUCCUUCUCUGUGUCUUUCUCGGCUCUGGCAUCAGUGAAUCCUCUGCAGAUGGGAGUAAGCCACACACUAGCCAUGGUGAAAGAAGGAAUUAUCCACACACACCAGAACAUAGCCACCACAAGGUCCUUCAACAUGCUGAAACCCAGCGAGCCCAGCAAACCACUCAUAGCAGAGCCAAAGCUCAGCAAAUCCCUGCAGAAGGCCAGGAUCACAGCCUUGUUCGCACACUCCGGCGAGAAGACUGCACCAGCAGAUCCUGUGCAGAGCAGCUGCAUCUCCCCAAACUGGAUGAGCCGUACCCAUCAGACCUCGAUGCCCUGGUGCCCACCCAUGAUGAACAAGGCCAGUCGAUUCCCGAGUGGAAGAGGCAGGUGAUGGUGAGGAAGCUGCAGGUUCGGCUGGAAGCAGAAGAGGACAAGGGCAGGAAGAGCAGUGGAGGCUGUUCAGUGGAGAUGGAGGACUGGAGGUAUUCACAGGCCCACAAUGGUAUCCUGGGCCCCUUCAGGGAGCUACUGACCGAGGACGACCUACUUUACUUGGAGAAGCAGAUUGAGAAUCUGCAGCUGAGGAAGAGAUGUCAGGAGUGUGAAAGAGAGCUGGGGUGCCUAGUGGAGGAGCUGCAAACUAUCCUUCCUGCCCUCAUUGUCCAUAUCACUGUCAACAGCCAGCUCCUGCACCAGGAUGGCCAGACUCCUGGCAUGGUGAAAAGCAUGUCCGUGCUGCUCACUAAUGUAAACGGCUUGAGGAAGGAGGCAGAGAUGCCAUCGCCUAAAGAACCAUCCAGGCCUGGUGAGGGGAAGUGCCCUGCUGGAGGCAGUGCAGAGAGAGAGAUCCUGGAGUGUGGCGUCUCUGUCAGGAAGCUGAGAGGUAAUUUUGAGAAACAUGUUCUCCCAGGACAAAGAAUGGCCUUGGAGCUCCGAGGGGUGGAGGCCAUGCCUUGGGAACAAUCAGGAGAAUGCUGGUCAGGUGAGGAUCUUAUUUCUCAAAAGCAGUGGAGCACCAGUAAGAGUCAGAGAAAACUAGUCUGUGAAGAACAUGCAUGUCGAGAUAUGGAGAAUGUCAGUGACUCUGGGAUCAGCUGCAAAGAGGCUUCCUCAGAUGUGAGCAGGUCUCUUGUUCCAGUGGUAGAGCCCACUAGCCUCAGGAAAGAAUGAAUAGUGAUGCUCUUUCUAAGCUACUGGAAGAAAUCUGCUUACAUGCCUUCCUUGAAAAUCACAGCCAGGAGAAUGCUUGAGUCCCAGAGAGUCAGGAAAAUAAGAGAGGUGAAGGCUGCUGCAGAGGUCAGAAAGGAACAGAUUCCUGAGGAGAAGUCGGUGGUGGACAUGAGCAAACUGGGCUAUUUAAUUCAGCAAAGGAGCACCAUCAAGAACCUGAUUGGCAACUGGAAGGACAUCAUCUCUCAGGUGCCCUCAUGACAGAUCCGGCACCUGAACUGCCAGCAGGCUAUCUAUUCCCCAGAGCAGUUUCUGCCCCGUAUCAAAGGGGUGACCACCGAUUAUAAUAGCCUGACCCUUGACCUCUUUAUGCUUGGCUACUUCCACAUCCUGGAGCUGGACCUUCCUCAGGAGGAACGGAAAAUGAGGCACCUCCUCUGCUUUGAGGUGUUUGACCACUUGGGCAGAUACCCCUGGGAGACUGUGCGAGCGUUCCACAAGGCAGUGACUGAUGAAAUCAGUGCUGGCAAGCAAGGCUGGAAAGCCAGUUUUGAGGACAUUAAGUUCAGGGUUUUUGAUAACACCAAGGACCCAGCCAGGGAGCUGGAACCAAGCAGAGCAUCAGCAGAAAGCCCUCUAAAGCCAGUGUCCAGAGUUAGGGUUCGGAGCACUGCUCUUGAGCAGGCUGGACAUGAUCCAGGAAACUGUUCUGAGCUAGGCAGCUUCAACAAUGUUGAGAUCUGCAUGUACAUUGACCGCAGCUUCGCCUUCUGGAAGGAGAAAAAAGCUGAGAUCUUCAACUUUGAGGAGCGAGCUCUUUUGGCCAUAUUGGAACUGCCUUCCCUUGGCCUUGUGAGAGCGGGAGUUUGGGGGUUGGAUUGCUUCUGGGAUGCUGGUUCCUCCUCCUUCCCAUCUUUCAGAUACUGCAAGGAAUAUGCCUAGAAGGGCUCAUAAAUUUUUCAUGAAGCAGAUUGCCUGUCCUGAGGGAGAGAUUUUGGAACCAGCAGGAAGAUUUUCCAAGGCACAAAUGGGAAUUCGGCACCCAGCUCUCAUUGUGCCUUUGACAGUCUACUCCGAGAUUCUUCCUUUCUGCCUUUUCAGCAGUUAAGAUGUGGGAUGCCUCGUCUUUUCAAGCCAGCUGCCAUCUCUUAAACAAGACAGCUCUCCACCUAUCCCUUCCACCCCAGCCCACCCUCCUUUGCUGUGCAGACAGGUAAGGAUUAGCUAUUCCAUCUCUGGCAGGAGAAUCUCCAUGAUUCUUUGUCUGCAUAGCAUGACUUUAAACACUAUGGAAAGAUCCAGGUGGAGCUGAACUUGCCAAUGGGCUGCCCUCUGGACAAACACGCACAGACCCUAAUACCUUGGCAUGGCUUUGAGGGUACAGGGAGUAUCGAAGGACAAAUACAAGUGCAAUCAGCAAUGCCAGCAAAGGAAAUGAUUGGCAGCAGUAAAAGGCCAGCAGCCUCAUGCUAGGCUGCUGGAGACUAAUGGUCCUGCAUAUGUCACCCUUGCCCUCUCCUGACCAGUGCAGAGACUGAUAUGGACUGCACAGGGAGGUACAUGUGGACUGUAUGAGUCGAGGGAAAGUGUUAUGAGGAGCUCAGGAGAGGAGCUGUGGGAUACUAAAGCUGAGCAAUGCUCUGGCUUGGGGUGGACCUGUGGUGGUCAGCAGGCAGAGGGGGGGAAUUCCAGGGAGGAAGGGGAGGGAGGGCUCAGGUCAUCUCUGGCUCGUACUUGGAAAUUCAUUGCUGGGCUCAAGAAGGAGCUCCCCCCACCUUUUAGUGACUGGAUUGUGCAUCAUCUCAACAAGGGCCCCAAAGGGGGAAAGUAAAUGGCAGGCGUGCCACAAGUCAAAGAUUACAAAUAAGGUAAUGGAUGGGUGAUUGUGAAGCAAUGUCAGGACUGAGCCUGAUUGUCUUUUCACUUACAUGUAACUGCAGUGACUUCAGUGGGGUGACUCCUGAUUUACACAAUAGCGAGAGAGGAGAAACCUGGCACUUCGUGACCAUUUCACCUCCACAGCCUGCAUGAGUUGGGGUUCUGUAAAGAUCAAAAAUCCCCAGUGAACACCUAAGUGAUUCGUUAACAUUCAAAAGUAAUUAAAUAGCGAACAGAAAACAUUACUGAUUUACUACAAUUAUCUCCAAAAGAAAGAAUUUUUCUUCCUUGGUACAGCAUCUCCUCUUAUGAUUACAGACUGAAUCAUAUUUUCAUUUUAUAAUUGUUUCUUUAAAAAAAAGCUCACACUUUUUCUUUGUAUAAACUUUUAAAUAGCAUUGAUUUUCCCAUGGCCUGAGGCUUAAUAAACAGUUUUCUGCCUCACUGAAAUCAUCUGUUUUUCUUGACAAUUCAUUGACUUGGGUUCAUUACCUUGGGAAUCACGCAUCAAAGGGUUGGGCAUAUUCUGCACCACCUGGCGUCUUUAGAGACUGGACGUCUUUCUAAAGGAUAUGAUCGACCCCAAACCCAAGUUCUGGGUAAAGUUCUUUGGCUUGUGUCAUGCAGGAGGUCAGACUAGAUGAUUACAAUGGCCUUAAAAUCUCUGGAUCUAUGAAAUUCUGAGAUUUCACUGUUACAGCCCAGGGAUGAAGGAGGAAAAAGCUGCCCAUGUGUACUGGGAAAUGAGUAGAUAUCAAUGAGCACGCAGAAGAGUCCCAAAGGUAAGGCUGUAGACAGGGUCUCUACUCCCCAGACAGCUCUGGGCACUCUGAGGAAGCAGCACCUGAUUGUGCUCGCACUCUCAUCAGUCCUACACUGUUGUACUGUCACUCCACUUUACCCUGCUACGUGUGACCCUAGAAUCAGGCUGCCUGCUGAGGGUGGGAAAGCUACAGAUCUUGGUUCCAGUGUCACUGCUCUCUUGAUUUAUUUGUGGACAUUCCUGCGGGAGGGGUAUGGAGCCACUUAAAGGCCUUCAAUCUAAGGAAUGAGAUAAGUAGCAAAUCAUACUAUAUUUAGCCAAGAGUAAUGCAAAUGGUAGAUAGGCGAGGAAAAAAUAUAUUCACUGGACCAGAGUUAUUGACUGU